AUGUCUCAUGAGACUCAAUCAUCAACGCUCGCUGCAUUGCAGCCCCUGACCCAGAAGUUGAGCCAGGGGUCAGUCAUCACACCGGAUGAUCCGUCAUACAAGCUUCACUCGGAGCCGUUUGCCAUUCAGAAGCAGCUUUACCCGUCAGUGGUUCUCAUUCCAAGCACCAUCGAAGAGCUGUCCUCUAUCGUGCGGUUUUUGUACUCCUCGAGCUUGGAAUUUGCAAUCCGCGGUCAUGGAUUCAAAUCGCCUUCCGCCAAAGACGUGAUCGUUAGCAUGCUGAACUUCAAGAGCCUGGAAUAUGACUCGACCAAAAAGAUUGCUACGGUUGCCCGUACACCUAGCAUCGGAGUCACGGGAUCUAUUCUCAAUGGCGGCCUUUCCUGGAUGUCCUCCGAGUACGGCGGCAUCAGCGAUCCUAUCAACUUCCUUGAUGCAGAAGUAGUCAAGUUUGAUGGCACUGUUGUCAUGGCAUCUCAGGAGCCGGGUCUUCUCUGGUCCCUAAGCGGCGGCGGCGGCGGCUUUGGUACGCAGAUGAUUGAUGAGGUGGUCAAGUUCAAUCACUCUACGCCCCAUCCGAAGGUCAACUACUUCAUGUACUUGAUGCCACAGCAACUCUUGCAUACCGUUCUGGAGAAGCCUGAGCCCGAUCUGGGUGAGACGGUAAUCUUCCACUUGUACGACGCCUUGGGUGAGGAGCAUGGUCGAGCUACCUUCGGUUGGAUUCUUGAAAAGCCCGGGGCAAUCGACCAAACAAGAGUAACCAACAUGAAAGGCGUUCUCGACAUGCAGAGAAAUGCAAAUGUCAUGCGAGGCACAAUGAAGACGCUCUACGCGCCAAUGGCAGUAUCCGACUUGGAUCGUGUCACAAUCGCUCGAGCGAUUGAAGUCUAUGACAACAUAGCGAAGCUAGACCAGACUAUCCACGACAUGUCUUCAGUCAUCUUCGAGUUCUUGUUGCUUCGACCCCCAAUUGGCGGUACCGCAGAGGUUGCAUGGCCUCGGUCCAACAACCUGAACCACCUGUUGCUUUUCAUCAUAAGCUGUCCGGGGAAUGGCACAGAGGAGCAGGAGAAAAUCAUUCGUCAAAUCUCCAACGAUGCGCCUGGUCAAGUUUUGGGCCUAGGAACUCGGGCGGAGGUCAAUCCUGCUGGCCUCGAGCCAUCUUACCACGACGUGAAAGGGCAAUUUGCGGAACUCGCCAAGAUCGAGGGCCAUGUAGAGGAGGCCACUAUCGCAAGCGUCUACGAUCAGCUGAAGCCUGUCGCUCCAGAGCUACUCGUUGGCCAGUGGGAAGGAGGCAGUUUCGAUACUGGACAUCCCACGCAUUUGCAGCUUCGCAACUUCAAAUGGGCGGGUAAAGACUUCCGGUCCGUCGAUGAUGUAGAUCCAAUCAUGCGAUACGAAGAAGAUGGCAAACGAACGUGGUUUUCUGACUACGGCCACGCGCGGGUUAAGUUCAGGGGUGUUGUGACUGCGGCAAUGGUUUAUGACAAGUUCCCCAUCAUUGACGCAUUCCGUUAUGUGGAUGAAAACACUGUGGUCGGUGCUAUGGACAACAAGGAACUUCAGCACUCUGGGACAUACUACUUUUACCUGAGAAGAAGAACCCAGAGCAAGGCCUAG